UCCCGCUCCAGAUCCCCAUUUCCUAAUCCUUCCAAUUCCCCACGCCUCCAUCCCCCGAUUGAUGCAGCGCCGGCCAUGGUGCGCGAGCUCCGGGUCGACUCCUUCUACGCGCGCCUCCGCGCCGCCGCGGGCUCCUCCUCCCCGCUCCUGAUCCUCCCCUCCACCGCCGACGCCGACUCGCUCUGCGCCGUCAGGGUCCUCGCCCACGUCCUCUCCGCCGACUCCAUCCGCUUCUCCAUCUACCCCGUCGCCUCCGCCGCCAGGGCCAGAGACCUCCUCGCCUCCUUCUCCUCCGCCGCCACAGCCCCGCUCUGCUGCCUCCUCGUCAACUGGGGCGCGCACCGCGACCUCCGCCGGGUCCUGCCCCCCGCCGCCACCGCCUUCGUCGUCGACUCCCACCGCCCCGUCCACCUCCACAACCUCUGCGCGCACAACGACCGCGUCGUCGUGCUCUUCACCGCCGACGACGAGCACACCGCGGAUCUCUCCUACGACUUCGACCUCUCCUCACUCGCAGACGCCUCCGACCUCGCAGCGGAGGGGGACGCCGACGACCACCUCCGCGUCCCUCACGAGGACGACGACGACGACUCCGAUGCCUCGGAGUCAGACUCCGACGCCGAGGACGCCGGCGGCAGGAGGAAGCGGCGGCGGCUCUCCGACGACGCGGAGGCGGAAGGCGGCGACCCCGUGAGGCUGUUCGCCAAGCUGCGCCGGGAGUACUACCGCCUCGGCACCUUCCACGGCAAGCCAUCAGGCUGCCUCAUGUACGAUCUCGCCCACGCGCUGCGCAAAAACACCAACGAACUCCUCUGGCUCGCCUGCGUCGCCCUCACCGACCAGUUCGUCCACGACCGCAUCACCAACGAGCGCUACCAGGCCGCCGUCAUGGAGCUCGAGCAGCACAUCAACGGCUCGGGCAACCUCGACCCCUCCGGCCUCGGCUCCGUCGUCACGCUCAAGGACGGCACCAAGAUCCGGGCGCCGGAGACCUCCCGCAUCGCCUAUGAGGACGAGCCCAGGCUCAUGCUGCUGCGGGAGUGGAGCUUGUUCGACUCCAUGCUCUGCUCCUCCUAUGUCGCCACCAAGCUCAAGACGUGGAGUGACAAUGGUCUCAAGAAGCUCAAGCUGCUGCUGGCGAGGAUGGGGUUCCCCCUUGCCGACUGCCAGAAGAACUUCCAGUACAUGAGCAUGGAGGUCAAGCGCAAGAUGAGGGAUGAGUUUGACCGCUUCCUGCCUGAGUAUGGCCUCACUGAGUUCUACUACCGGAGCUUCUUGAGAGUGCACGGGUACAGGUCCAAGGUUUCUGCUGCAGAUGUUGUGUACGGCGUCACAGCUUUGCUUGAAUCCCUCAAUUCCGAGUCCAAGGACUCGAAGGAGUCUUCAGCUGCUGAGCAGUUUUGGGUUGCUUACUCUGCAUUGUCACUGAGCAAUGUUGAUCAGUUGCGGAAAGGGAUGCAAUCUGCAAUUGAAAUACAGAGGGCAAUAUUGAGGCAAGGAAGCUCAGCAAUUACUAAGACGGGGUUUAUACGGAGUGCCAAGAAGUUCCGGUGGGUGAAGCUUGAUGACCCUGUCGACACUAACAAGCUCUGCCACCCUCAGGCCCUUACCAAGUUCUGCUUCUUUCUGAUGGAUGCACUGAAGGAAAGGGGUGCGAGGAUGAAGCCACUAAUCUGUGCUUGCUUGGCAAAGGAGCCUGAGAAGGUGCUGGUUGUUGGGGUAUGCGGGAAGCCAAGGCUUGGGGCUGUUCAGGGUAAUGCGUUUGGAAAUGCAUUCAGAUCAGCAGCAGAGGAGAUUGGCGCAGACUAUUUCCAUGACAUGUUUGAAUCAUCAUGGAUUGUUCUGGAUGUUGUUGCUGUCAGUUCUUUCAUGAUUCGGCUAACAGAGAAGCUAUGAUCGAAUAUCAUGAGCGUGUAACCCCGGAUGGUUCUUCCACGCUCCAAGAUGGAAGGCUCAGGCAUGAUUCUCUCUGAAUAAAGGUGCUUGAGGCCAGGUGGUACAUGCCAUGUGUUUUCCUAAAUACCAGUCCACCUGCCAUUUCACUGACAUAGUGAAAGCAGCCUGAUAGUGAUAAGCAUUCUGCUUUCGAAGUUUGAGCUGCUGACUGAUAAUGACUUCAGAAAGACAGAAACUGAGAAGAGGAUUUUCCUCUGUUUUAACUCCCCCAUUAGCAAAUGAUAGAUCUACAGAUUCAGAUGCAAACCUGAUCCUAAUGUAGAGGGGGGAAGAUGGUGGUGGUCAAUGCUGUUGGACACAGGCAUGUCUGGCUACACAACUGCCUCUGGCUUUCGCUACCAUACCAUGUUGUUACCAAUCUGUUGCACCUCCGUUGUGUCGUCUGUUUUGUAAGUUACCCUCCUUUCUGGACACCUGCUUGAUUUUUGUUGAUACCAAUAAGGAUCACUUUCAUUAGGUUAUCAUUAAUCAUUUUUAUGCAUCACUAGCUAAACAUUGCAGUUUACUGGGCAUCUAAGGAAAGUGAAUUUCUCUGCAUUUUUUACUAAUCUUCUUCAAUAAUUCAUCUUCCCUUCAGUCAACUUUUUUUAAAAGAUUCCUCCCUCUAAUAAAACACUGCCUGAAUGUUUCCCAAUCUAACAGCUAGCAAGCACAAUUUUCCAAUGCCUAUCUCAUGUUUUCCUGUACUAGGUCUAAUGAUGAUGUCCAAUCCAACGUUCAUCAAGGUUGACGGUUGAUGGAAAACUGUUUAACUAGAUGUUGGUGCAUAGACGUCGGCUCCAUAAACAAUUGAAUCUUUGAUGAUGCCUUCACAUCCACAUAUAUAUUGUGUUCUGUUACUCUGUCCUGCCCUCUUUUGGUCGAUUUUCUUGUUGAAAAGAGUAUCAUGUGCUGUUUCUAUAGGAUAACAUCAAUUUGAUUGCAACCAGUGAUAAUUUUGGACCGUAUCUUCAGCUGAGAGCUUUGCCUGUACAGUUUAGAUUAAAUCAGUCAGAUAGGCCCCUUUCUCUUACACAAUCCACAUCGAACUUGUUGCGUAGAGCGCCCUGGGGUUUUCAUUGUGGUUUGACGACCUAUUGACUGCUGUUCUUUUUUUGGUUAAAUUGGUUGUUCUCAAUCAUGGAAUUGUAAAUUGACCGUCCAAUCUGAUGGUACUUUUAUCCCUGUAUGAAUUGCAGAAAACUAGUGUGGUCCUAUGCUAAUUCCUUAAAACCAGCAUAAUUAUGUGCCAUGCUUUCCUUAAAAUUCUGGUUGAUGGGGCACAUAAACCUCAUGUAAAUUGUCAUGACUUUCUAGUCCAUACUGCAACAUAAAUAUAUAUUAAAGCAUCAAUCAAGAGCCUAAAACAGCUUUCACUCAAAUUUGAAAGUACAUGAGAAGAUUACACAAAAAUAUUUUGCCUGAUAAAAUGGUGUCAAUAUUGAGCAUUUUGAAUUGUCCACAAUUCAUUAAACCUUUAUCUUGAUCUCAAAAAUAAAUUUAACUAGCACUUUCUGUCAAUUUUUUUGUUACCGUUGUGACUUGUGAUCCUUGUUGGUUGGCAAUCAUCCAUCACAUCCUUUGUUAUCUCAAUAUUUAUAAUUGAUUGAUGGUCCUGCGAUGACAAAUUCAUAUUAUUUUCGCAACUUGCAGUCUGCAGAUACCAGAUAGUGCUGUCCACCAAUCUUUACUUUGAAUAUACAGAUGGCACUAAGUUGUGCCAAAUGGCUUCAUCAGCUCUCUGUUUGCCAUCUGCAUUGGAGGUUGAGUCUUGACACAUUAUCUGGAUAACAUAGCAGGCAAUGUGGCAUGUCUCAUAACCUCUUGAAUACCAUAUCAAGCCUAUUAAUUGUGCUCUAGUGGGGAAAACCUGCAUUUAAUAAUUGGUUAUGGGAUGAUGUCAUAUAUGCUUAUGAAGGUUGACAAAUAAGCACGGCCACGGAAGUCUGAAAAACAAAAGAACUGGCUGGCUGAGGCCUGAGGUGGUCCUUGACUCCUUGGGAUUCUUGUUAGUAGUUGGGAGGUAGCUACUAACUUUGUGAUUAUGCUGUAAACAAAUGUACUUCCAUGUGAACCAAGAAUGUGUCACAUUCAGAGGCUUGUAUUUCUUGCUCCUGAGGGAGGGUAUCAUGUAUUGGGGCCUACCUGGUGUUAAUAAGGUCCAGCUUCGAGUCCUUGCCUUUGGCAGAAAUAAUAGUGAUGGCAACUCAUGUCUGUCAAUUGACAAUGUCAUUGGAAUGUGCAUCUGGAGAUAAGACCAAUGUGAACAAGGACCCAUCCUCGCAGAAGUGCUAUAAGUCCGCAUGAAGAGAAGAACAGUUGAAUCCUCUGCACAUAAAGACUCCCUUUUCAGCUGGUGAUUAUGCACUGUAACGUAACCUUUGUACAAGAGACUUCAGAGUUCUUUAGGACCAAUAAUCAGUGGUUAUGUA